CUUUUCUUGAAUUCAUAAGUUUUCAAUGGAGAGUGUAGGUUUUCAAUGUUAAUUGUGGAAUUUACCGUUUAAAAAAUACAAAGAAACUCGAGUGAAACUGUUGCCGUCUAGUCCAGAUACGAAAAUAGCGGAUCAAGUGGUAAAAAUGCCUUCAGCAGCCAACGGUAAGAUCGACAAGCAAAUUUCGUCUUCUACGGAAAAUGCAUUGGUCGACACUGCAUCGAUGACGCCUAUUCGUCAGGCUAUCACCACGAUAGAACACAAAAUUAGGAAUUUGGAGAAGAGAAAGUCAAAAUUGGAAUCGUAUCGAGACAUGCAAAACUCUGGCAAAGAACUGAACACCGAUCAAAAGACUGCCCUGGCAAAGAUCAACGAGGUCAUGAUGACUCUGGAAUUUGCGAGGGAUUUAUACAAACAGUUCCUAGGCAUAGCUGCGAGUUCAGAAAGGGACGCUAAAAAACAGGCGAAACGUGAAGCUGCUCUAAAAAAUCAAGCUGAAAUGGCCAGGCUUAGGGAAAUUUUAUUGGUACAAGACGCUCUGAAUCAAAUGGGAACUGACGGUGUUAGAGAUGACUUUUUGAAUGGAAGAAACGGUGCUGCUCAAUUGACUGAAGCUGAUCUUAAAUUAUUAGAUGACCUUUACCCAGCUGUGACUCCUAAACACGAAUCCGGAAACCCAACGACUUUUACCAAUGAAGUGCAAGCGGCCGCCGAACAUCUACUAGCAGUAGUGGAUGGAAAACCCAAAGACGUCUUUGGCGGCACCUACAGCCAAGUCAAGGAAAUCCUAGGCAAAAUCCACGAAAGCGGAUACUUUGAUCAAGCUCAAGAAUCUCCCAUUGAAGAAGAAAGCGUCGAAGUACCCGUGGAACCACCAGUUUUGGACUUGGCUGAACCUCUAGUUGAAGUUUCCAGCGAGAUUAGCUUGGCAGGCCCUAUUGAAACGAUAACAAUAGAGGCCAGCAAUCAUCCGGCGAUUAUUAAUAGGGCGCCACAACAAGCCCCUAUUUCUGUGGUGCAGGCGCUUCAGAUGUCGCCCGUGCCGCACGUGCUCGAUUCUGUGCCGCCGCACCAUCAGCCACCGCCACAAGAGAUUUUUUUUCAGCCUCAACCGCAACCGCCAAGACCCAUAACUGAAAUGUUGGGGACUGGGAAUUUCUUUUUUUUACAGGAAUCUGAAAUCGACACUCCCGAACAAAUAUCCACCCAAACCUUCACCAACCAAACCUUCAUGCCCCCGCCGAUUCCACUGCCGUCUCACUUCCAACCCCUGCCCCAUACGUCCCCAGUGAACCACCAAAUGCCCCCCAACGGAGCUGUGCAGCAACAAGUUCCAGUACAAGACGAAGCUCUGAGCAAACCGCAACUGGUAGACGAUCUUGAAAAGCAUUCCCUUGGCAGGGCGCAGAACCGAGGGCCCUCAUUGCAGCCCACUUCUUUUUACAAUAACGGCUACACUAACAGGACUAGUAGACCGGCUCCGCAACAGCAUUCGAGAAACAAUAAUGGGGUGCAGCAGCAUCAUCAACAAGGCAGGGCCCAAACCAACAGGCACUAGUAUUUGGCCUUUUUUUUUAAUUUUUUUGGCUAGAUUUAGUUUUUGGUUAAAACUGGCUCAAUUUUAGAAAUUGUUUUUUCUAUAUUAUUUUGGUGCAAGGUGCCCAUUACUUUGUGCUGGCUUCAUAAAAUAAUGAUUGAUCAAAAACUAAAUCAAAUUAAGUCAAUUAUUUAAAUUUCUGUUAAUUUUUACAAAUAUCUUAAAAUGGCAUUUAAAUAUUGACAUAUUGAAAAAUUGAACAAGGCACAAAUCUAGUCACCUGUUUAUUGGAAAUCUUCUCUUCUGAAUUUCAAAAAUUGCCCUCGAGGCAACAAAAAUUUGAAAUGCCUUUAUUGAUAAUUAAUUUCUAUAAGUUUCAAUACCUACUUUUCUACCUUUCAGUAUGUAUUAGAGUUAAAAAGGAACAUUUCUCUUUUUUUUAUUAUUAAUGUAAUAAUUGAUUUAAAUAAUGUAAAAUAAAAACAAAAUAUAUAUAAUUUAUUGAA